AGAGGCGAGGAGGAGCUGCUCGGAACGCUUCCUCUUCCCUCGCGGAAUUAUUAUUAACAACCGACCUGUCACUGUGCAUACCAGAUAUCUUAUCUUUCGUAGAUACACAUGAUACAUUUCGUACGCACGGUGUUGUGUGUGUGUGUGUAUAUAUAUGUCGCGUCGUUUUGAAUAACCGCAAAAGUGGAGUGUACCCAGUUGGGUAUCGCGAGUAAGAUAACGAAACACGUUUUCCUACGCUAUUUGGAAAAAGUUUAGCAAGACGUUUGAAUCAGUCUGAAAAAUGUCCAGCACGUUCCUGUAUUUCGCUUACGGGAGUAAUUUACUCGCUAAAAGGAUACGUCUGAGUAAUCCGACCGCGAUAAUGAAAGACAUCGGUUACAUAAAGAAUUUCAGGCUGGAUUUUAACAGAUAUUCUAAACGAUGGUGCGGUUCAUCCGCAACAAUUGUAGAAACAGAAAAUUCAGUCGUGUGGGGUGUAGUCUGGGAAUUAGACAAGUGCAAUUUAGCUACAUUGGAUAAUCAAGAAGGCGUACAAGAUAAUAUAUAUCAUGCAAUGUCGGUGAAUGUCGAGACUCCUGAUGGUAGAACUUUAGACUGUAGAGUGUACCAACAGUGUAAUAAUCCAAAGGAAUACAUAAAACCAGAGGACUUUCCAAUGGAUAAGAGACCUUCGCCAUUAUACUUGAGUAUGAUAUUAAAUGGGGCCAAAGAAAACAGUCUUCCCGCUGACUACAUAAAAUUCUUAAAAACUAUCCCACACAAUGGAUACGAAGGAGAGUAUGACAUUAGCCUUUCCUUGAUUCAAAAUUGACUGCUACGACAUUUGUAUUGUACGAAUACUUCUGAUAAUACGAAUCGAGAAUCACGUAUUCCAACGCCGUG